UGAACCCCGCCACUCACUCAACACCGACCUGAAGAUGCAGCGUCACCACCACCACCACCACCACCGCCGCCGCCGCGGGGCUCGGCCGCUGACCGGGGAUCGCUGCGCCGCGCGGGGACGUCGCUAACGCGCCUGAAGGUGAACUUGUGUUGACGAGCUGCAGCCCCCCGAACCCAGAGCGCGACGGAGGAGAAGAUGCUGAGCCGACUGAUGAGCAGCAGCAUCAGGAGUCUGGACCGGGAGUGCAACUGCACCGUCAGGCUGCUGGACGACUCGGAGUACACCUGCACCGUCCAGCGCGAUGCCAAAGGCCAGUACCUGUUCGACCUCAUCUGCCACCAUCUCAACCUGCUGGAGAAGGACUACUUUGGCAUCAGAUAUGUGGAUCCGGACAAGCAGAGGCACUGGCUGGAGUUUUCCAAGUCCAUCUCUAAACAACUGAAGUCUCAGCCUCCCUUCACCAUGUGUCUCCGUGUCAAGUUCUACCCUCCAGACCCGGCAGCUCUGAGGGAGGAAAUCACCAGAUAUCUGGUCUUCCUUCAGGUUAAGAGGGACCUGUACCACGGUCGGCUGCUGUGCAAGACCACCGACGCCGCCCUGCUGGCCGCCUACAUCCUGCAAGCUGAGAUCGGUGACUACGACCCCGGGAAACAUCCUGAGGGCUACAGCUCCAAAUUCCAGUUUUUCCCCAAGCACUCGGAGAAGCUGGAGCGGCGGAUCGCGGAGAUCCACAAGACCGAGCUGAUAGGUCAGUCGCCCGAAACUUCGGAGCUGAACUUCCUCCAGAAGGCCCAGAUGCUGGAGACGUACGGCGUGGACCCGCAUCCCUGCAAGGACGUGUCCGGGAACCCGGCUUUCUUAGCUUUCACGCCGUUUGGAUUCACCGUGCUGCAAGGAAACAGGAGGGUUCACUUCCUCAAAUGGGACGAAGUCACCAAACUCAAGUUCGAAGCAAAGACAUUCCACAUUUAUGCAAAUCAGUCGGAGGAUAAGAAGAUCAUACUGACGUACUUCGCUCCGACCCCCGAGGCCUGCAAGCAUCUGUGGAAGUGUGGGGUGGAGAACCAGGCCUUCUACAAGUUGGAGAAGUCCAGCCAAGUCCGGACAGUGUCCAGCAGCAACCUGUUCUUCAAGGGUAGUCGCUUCAGAUACAGUGGGAAAGUGGCAAAAGAGGUGAUGGAGCAGAGCGCCAAGAUCAAGAGGGACCCGCCCGAAAUCCACAGAGCUGGCAUGGUGCCAAGCAGGAGCUGUCCGUCCAUCACUCACGGCCCCCGUUUGACCAGCGUGCCCAGAACACGGAGAAGAGCGGUGCACAUCUCCAUCAUGGAGGGUCUGGAGUCUCUGCGGGACAGCGCCCACUCCACACCGGUGCGGUCCGUCUCUCACGGAGAGUCCUUCCUGUCCUCGCGGGGUCAGCUGCUGGACGGGAGCGAGGGCGGCGCGGCGGCGGCGGUCAUCUCCGACGAGGCCUACAGCCCCGCGGACAGCGUGCUGCCCACGCCGGUGGCCGAGCGCGGCGCAGAGGUGGGCGGGGCACGGCACGUCAACGGCGCCCCCUGCAGCAACGGCGAGGAGAAGGAGUCGGAAGCCGGCCCGUCCAAGGAUGGUAAAGCGGCGGGAGCCGGGCGGAGAGCCCUGCGCUUGGUCAGGAGCAAGUCGCUGCCCCCCAGUGACGUGGAGGAGCUGAACAAGUUCGUCCUCAGCGUCGUGCGCUUGUUCCUGGUCACCAUCGGACUCCUGUUUGCCCUGCUGCUGCUCCUCAUCAUGCUGACCGAGUCAGACCUGGACAUCGCUUUCCUGAGGGACAUCCGGAAGACGCCCGAAUUCCAGCAGUUUCACAUCGAGUACUUCUGCCCGCUGCGGCGCUGGUUCGCCUGUAAGUUGAGAUGGAUAGGAGGCUUCCUCGUCAGCAAGUGAGGCCGGGCGACGGUGACCCAUCGGGAGGGCUGGGGCGGGUGCGGGGGCGGCCGGGAAAGCCACGUCCACACUACUGCGUUUCAAGAUUUGAUCCUGGACAGUCGCUGUGGCACUCACACAGUUUGGACUGCGUUAGUAGCACAGGAGAUUACGCCGGUAUAUGGCGGCAUCUGGUGGCCAAGCUAUGGUCGAGAAUCAAGCGUCCAUUUUUUCAUGUUUUGCAGACGCCCAGACGCCCUCCUAGCUAAUAGCCUGGACUCCACCCACCAAAUCACAGAACCAUCGCGCCACAAAUAGCUUUCACUCCCGAGUGCUUGCUCAUUCCCACCAUCAUGAACACACGGAGGUAGGAAUGUCAACGGACCCACGAAGUCUACGCCGCCGCACAGGCAUGAGCCGAGCGGCGACGCCGCCCCAAAACUGACACGCUUGCUCGACACAAACAUGGCUGCUUGUUGAAUGACCUUCAGAAGGUUUGGGGAUUUCGUCUGGUCCCACACCGAGGUCCCAGUUAGGUGACAGAGUGUUCAUGUGUGAGGGGGUCCGAUAACCGUCUCCUGAAAGAGAACCAGACUGAGGCCAACACUUUUUAACCAGGAAUUAACCAAGAACACGCUCAUUUUCAGGCCUAGUUUCCAGAGAACUUUUAGUUACCAUCGUGGGGAAAGUGGGAGAAUCCCGAGUACACAAUCUAAGAUGGCUUCCCUAAACGUAAACAGAAGAACAUUCAGUGAAUUUGUGUUUUCAGAACGUAUUUAUCCAGCAGUUGCGUCUAUCCAGACAAGGAACGCAUGAGAGAGGUUUUCAUGGACUUGUUCCGUGAGAUCAUUCCCAGUUCCGACUGCCCACUUCCGAGAAAAGUGUAGCGCAGCAUAACAGCCAAUAUGUGUUCCCUAAUCAUAAGUGAUUCCAUCUGGUUAUUUUGAGCUAUUAGCAGGGCUAUGCUAUCAUGCUAAAUGGAGUGCUAGUUUUGGAAUACGGCACAAAAGAUACAGCAGAAAAAAACUUUUCAGUUGAUUUUAAUUCAUAUCCAUAUUUAGAGAGGCAUAGGACCGCGAGACAAGUCUGUCACAGCUGGUGAUGGACAGAUGAGGCUUCAUGAAACAGACUCCUCAUUUUCAGAGCCACUAGGUGGCGCUCUCCGCUCUAAAAUCUUAAGAUUCGAGCGACAAUUUAACUGAAAACGCGUCAUUUUUAAACCGAGAGCGCCACCGUCACUCACGUAGAGGCGGUGCCGAACCAGGAUGCGUUCAGGGUCCGUUAGCAUCUCUACUUUCACGUCCCAAAAGUUUCCGUGGAAGAAUCUAGAACGUAGUACUGUGGACGUUUCCUGUGAUCCAUCCUGCUUCUCUCAUCACCGCUCUGCUCCACGCAGCCAGGUUCUUUGUGUUCCAGGAUUUGAUUUUGGACGAUCAUUAACUCAAUAAUAGUAGUAUUUAUUUUUCUAUUAAUUUAUUUGUCCAGUGCAUUUUCUAUGACAGUUUUAAAAUGUACAAAGCAGAUACAGUCAUUUUAAAGCCAAAUACAUAGUAGUGUGUGUGCUGUGGUGAGCGGCUGUUGCGAUGUAGGAGACGAUCAUGUUCUGAUCACAUGACUGAGGGAGGUGAGGUCGGGACUGAAGACUGGAGAGGUGUGUGUGUGUGACCUUGUAUAGCUACACUUGUGGGGACCAAUUCUUGGAAACACACAGGGACCUUUUCCCUAUGUGCUUAAGUCUCAAUGUGAGGAUUGAAACCUCAAAAUAACUGGGUCUUUAUAAGUGGGUUUAAGCUUAGUCCAGAGUCCUAGUGCAGGUGAGCCAUGUGUUUCAGAUGGCUAGGCUGGGGAAAGGGUUAUGGCAAUGCAGGGUACCCACAAGGAUAGGAAUACAAACCCGUGUGUGAUGACACCAUCUUUCUGCUCAAACACUGUUUUGUCUGCACUGAAAUUACACCAGUAUCUGAUGACGUCAAGACUGUCUCAACGUCAAGCUGCGCUUUCAUCAACAGAGAGUUGUCCACAAGAGGGCAGCAGUGACGUUCGUCAUCAGUAAAAGAACUAAGUCUGAAAAACUGGCAACGUCUUUCACGGUGGCGUCUCAUCGGGCACGGCGAGGGAAGGUUGACAAGUCGACGUCAAUGUCUCUGAAAAGGUGGAUUAACUCGUGUCAUAUCAAGAGCGAAGCAAUAAAAAGCAUAUGUUAGCAUUAGCGUGUCGCUGUGAGGUUAGCGGUCGCGCUAAAGUGACACCCUGCUCGCGACUGCAUCGGAAAGUGAGCUCACAGUCUGCGUCGUCAAUACAUGUAGUCAAGUGCUUCUUUAUAUCAGAUAGCAAUGUUGAGCUCAUGGCUACCUUCGAAGGAACAUUCUAAGUGUCGUGUUUUUGUCAAAUGAGCCACCUGGGAAGGAAGUUGACCAAACUGUAGGUGAAUAUUAGAUUCCAAAACGAAGAGAAGAACCAGAGGAGAAGAAGCCUGUUGAGGCGAGGGUUUCGCAGGAGCGGCAGGUGGGUCGGUCUGACUGUGGAACCUUCUGCUGGGAUCACUAAGCCGAGUUCCAGUCAGUGCUCCUCACCAGAGCCGCAGCUUCAUGUUUACAUCCACAUCGCCGACCAAAGAUUCCUCUUGGACGCUCCCCCCUGGGCUCGGGGGGCCCGUCCGACCCGCUUCAGCCUUACUCCACGCUCGGACCACAAGUCCUCUCACCAGUCCCACGAGCAUGUGUGUCGCUACCAGGACAAUGUUUCAGUUAUGCAACCGGUGGAGCGAGGGCCGAGCCGACCCGCGGGCUUCUGUAUUACAGUCCUAAACUGACUCACUGAAUAAUCCCAAGAAUGACAGUGGACAAUAAAAACGUGAAUCCAGAUCA